GCCGUUCGCUUCCCAAUAGCGCUGUGAUUGACGUCAACGGAUUUCUUAGGCUAUAAGGCGUGGUCUCUGGGACAAUUUGCGUUAUCUUUAAACAUUAUAGAUAAAACAUGCCGCUCACAAUCAUAUCGGCAGUGGUGAUUCGACUGAUGUUUGUACUCCACACUUUCAUCAGUGUUUGGCGUGUAACAGACGUACUUCAGGAGUCCCUCUACUGGCUGAUGCUGGUGAGCUUGAUAGCGUUGGUGGUGGAAGCACUUGUCACGGUCAUAAAGCGAAAGGGGGAGGAAUGGAAAUGGUUCUGUCCCAGUUUCUUCUGCUAUCUGAGCGCGGUAAUCCCUGCUGUGUGGCUACUGGAGAUAAACCGCCUGGACCGUCUCGAUGAACUUGUCACGGGCAAUACCACAGCGGCCGAACAACUCUCGAGUUUAUACGGGGUGGAAGUCCCGAUCGUUCUGUCUGCCAACCAGUGGGUUCUUGCCAUCGAGCAGUCGCUGCUGUUCCUUCUUAUCAUCGCUAGAUGGCUCUUACCUAAGGGCGAAAUCACGAGGGAACAACUGUCACAAUUACUCUUUGCCUACAUUGGCAUGGCGUCGGACAUUAUGGAACUUUUGUAUUUGUUUGAUGAAGACAAAGUUGUGCGUGAUCUUGUUUUGCGGUAUGCCAUUCUUGGAGUAUGGUCUUUAAGUUUGUUCCAGUUCUGUCUGGUAUAUACGGCGACGAAAACGCGAAAGCCGAGACCUAUUUUUAUUCCAAUACGAAGGAGCAUGCGGCACAGCUCACGCAGUCAGCAAGGCGGGUCCCAGCGUUCCCGCCCAAGUCAGGCAUCCACAGACGACAACCCCACCAUUAUCACAAUCGGUGACAACACCAGUGAAGUUGAUCCUGACGAUGGGUGCUGCUCAUGCGAGACGGAAAUAUGGGCAAUUGGUCUGAUAGUACUGCUGCAAGAUGGUCCUUUCCUGACGGUCAGGCUAUUCAGUAUCAUAAAAUACAGCAUCUUCAACUACAACAUCAUAUUUUUCACAACAAAGAAUGUUCUGGUACUGCUCCUGCAGUUUUACCGUUUAGCUGUUGUACUGAUUGAGACGAAAAAGGCUCAGAAGGAGGAGGAAAAAAGGACAGAAGAGGUCACUCACGAGUUAAUACAGAAGUUACACGGAAAGAAAAAGAAACGAAAAGACAAGGAAAAUCAGGCAGAAAAAGAUACUUCCGUUACGGAGAAUACCCCUUUUACGGUAUCAGAAACACUUCAUGUUCCCGAUCCUUGAGAGCUGCUUUAUGGAUUUGAUUGCUAUGAAAUUGAAAAAAGGACCUGAACUGAAAAAGAGAACUCAAACACAAGUAGUCUGGUACGCACAAGAGAUCUCUUUUUUUUUUU